UCGACCAAGUCGAGCUCGCUCUCCCCCGUAUCCCUCCCCUUCUCCUGCUCUCCCUCCCAGCGGCGGCCGCCUCGUCGGACGCGCUCCUCGACGGCGUCGGGUACCUCCCCGCGCGGCCCCUGGGCCAAGCAGGACACCAUCGGCAAGGUGUGCGGGAUCGUCAAGAAGCAGAUGGCCGUCGCCCAAGACACCCUCGUCAACGGGGUCACAAAGUUCGCCGACCUCGGUGCAGAUUCCCUGGACACGCUUAGCUGAGACUCAACACGGUGUCGAUUUGGUUGGUUCUGUCUCGCUUGAAUCGCCUCGUCCUGUUAAAAAGCGCUCCACAGCGCCUCCAAGCUCCAAGCCUCCAACGUACACGACCCUCAGCAUCCGAUCGACCAGCGACGGUUCUUUGCUCCUACCACAUGAUUUUUUGGCUCGCUAUGGUCCUGUAAUACAUCCUGAUGCUACAUUCUCCGGCACCAUAAUUGGUUUGGCUGCCUACAAGCUACCAUUUCUAACUGCUGAAUUCAUGGUAGGUGGUUCGGUUACUACAGUCUCACAGACUAGUCGUGCUACCUUCAAAGUGGUUACUAAUCGUACAUUAUUCGACAAGGCAAAAGAAUGGAUGGUUAUAUACCUACUCAUUUUACAGCUGCCCUGGUUCGAUUCCUCCCAAGAGCGGAUCUGCGCCAAAGGGCAACUUUUCUUGCUCAUGCGGAUAACGGCCACUGGCUGCUCCACAACAACGACAAGCACGACAGCCUUGACGAAGUUGUCCGUCGCCGACACCGAAGAGAAAGCCCACCUUCUCCAGACUUGCAUGACGGGAGGGGAGGGGGCGGCCACUGCCUCCUUCACACACCAAGCCGCCGACACCGAAGUGCAAGCCCGCCUUCUCCAGAGUUUGCAAAGGAGCUUUACGUUCAGAGCAUGGUUGUUUGCAGAGAGUGGCGGACACUACUUUGAUCCUUUGACAGAUAGUUCUUCAUAAUGUGAUAGUGUAUAGGCCUUCUUUCUGGGGACCUACUGCUCAAUUACUGCAGUCCUUGGCUGCUACUGACCAAAAUUUUUACAAAUCUGUCUACAUGUUUUCUUUCUAUAUAUUUACAAAUAUCCUAUCAAUCCAUUUUUAAAA